AUGAUGCCUGAAAAACCGCCGCAACCAUGUGGGAUGAAUACCGGCUUCACGUUGGGCUUCUGCUACAGCUCACUCUUGAUCAUCUUCGUUACUCUGGUCGGAGGAGUCCUGAUCUACCUCGGCCGGAAGUACUAUAAGUGAGUUCAUUCUUUAGAUGAUAUUUGGAAAAUCAAAAAACUUCAGACGUCGCCAGCUCCGUCGACAGCUGUGGCAGAAAAAACGUUACAGCAGUGAAGUCUUCGCCGAAAACUACAGAAUGAAUGAACAUAAUCGGGUUUUUCGUUAAAUACAUUAUUUUUCCACAUUUAUUAUAAAAUUCAAAAAUAUUUUUCACAAGUCUAAACUUUUUUUCAGGGCGACAAUGGAAGAGAAACACAAUUUUCUCGAAACUCUCAGCCUGCUCAAGUGUCAUUGAGGUAUAAAUUUCAUAAUUCUAAUUUAUAUUAUUUUUGGAUGGAUACAUACUAUUUUUUCUCAAAAUGAGAUUGCAGUCCGAGUUCUCUCGCCUUCUACGAAGAUAUGCGCGCCAAGCUCAAGAGAAUCUACGGGGAUCCGCCUGCAACCUCAUCCUUUUCUAGACAUCAUGAACAAGAAGGUUAUUCGAAAGUCUUAGGUCCAUUCAAGAGGCUCAGGGUCAAUUUAAUUCACGCAAAGGAUGAAAAAAAGCAAAAAUUUUUGCGAUAAAGAGUUUAUUUUUUAUCUUAGAACGCCGCCACUCGUCUAGAGCUCGCCGCACCCGCACCGAGUCACCAACUAACCGCAAACCUUCGUCCCCUCGUCAAUCCAGACGGGUUCCUCGUUCUACAUUGAAAGCCGACGUCGAGCCUCGUCAUGUUCAGAAGUUCGUUUUUUUAAUCUCUAUUUUUCUAAUAAGUUCUGAAAAAGAACCCUUAGUAGAGCAGCAUAUAUCUGGACUAAUGUUUCAAUUAAAAUUCAAUACUUUUUGUUGGUUUCAAAGCGAGCUGUUUCCUGUAGCAAAGUACGCCAUAAAUGGCUAGUUUACUCAAAAAGCGAUAAAGAGGAGUUUCAAAUAUUGAUGCGCAGUUUUUCUAAUUUCAAAGAGAUGCUCUUUUGAUAUUGGCUUAAGGAAGUGGUGUAUGAACUUUAUGGGUCUCUCAGUAGUUCAAUAGGUAUGGUCCAUUAACCAAUUACCUGCUGGGACCUCAGACAGCGUAGAACAAGCGCAAAGACCCACAAACUUCUGACAACAAGAAUGAGCAUGCUUAUUUCGAUUUGGCGUGAGUAUCGAUUUUUUCUGAAACCAAUGAAGAUUACAAUAAGCGAGCUUUAAACGUUUUGAUAUAUACGUAUCCGACGGACAAUCGUGAAUUCAUUUUUGAUAUUUUCGAAGUUUAAAGUCUGUACUGCUUCAGAAACGUGGUCCACAGCGAUGGCGGCCGUUUCUAUCCCAAUGAGGCGAAUUCUUCCAUCGAACUGUCCGACACCGAAGUUGCGCGUAGCUCCCGUUCUCAGCAUAGGUAAGAAAAAGCAUUUUAUAGUUAGCAACAGAAAAUAACCGGAGGUUUUUUUUCUUUCUAAAACUCACUCUACUUCAGUUAUUGCACAGAAAUAUAUCAUAAGAUUUCUACGUUCUACAGAACUCGCACCCGGACCCGGAGGGCUUCUCAGGAAUAG